CGAGUCCGGGGCGUUGCAUCCGAGUUCCAUUCAGUUGCCAGUGGUCGCCCGCUUCUUAUCGAGCAACCAGGUGGAUGGCAGCUGUGCUUUUUGGCCCAAGGGAGGACAGUCAACUGCUGCAGUGAUACUCUGAUAACUGAACUGAGCUCUCUACCUACCCGUCAUUCUCUCGACUUCCACUUCUUCCACUUGUUUCGCGCAUCCUCGAUUCGACACGACUCGAAUCAUCACAUCUUCCAGUUUGCUGCGAUAUUGCCUGCUCCAACUCUAUUACGACACGACACCUGACAACGUCGUUCGAAUUCCCAAAAACCACACAACCACAGCCACGACCAGCGCUGGCGUAGCAUGCAAAGCCCCUCGACUGUCAAACCACCUUCUAUCCGAACUCGGCCAAUUACCCCGGAGAGUGGAAGAUGAAUUGAUUGCACCCGGUGGACGCAUUGUUGAACAGGUGUAGCAGUAACAGCAGCAGACCGCGGUAGCAGCGAACCACCUGUGACGACCCCGUUCGACCGACCCGACCACCACGGCGACCCCAUCCCGUCAUCAGCGCCAGCGAUCGAGCUAGGGAAAAUGGGGAACAACCCCUCCACCUCCAGAGACUCCAAGACCCCGAAUCCGCAAUCCUCCUCCUCCUCCUCUCAAUCGCAGUCUCAGCACCAGUCGCUGGCUUCCAUCCAAAAUGACUCUGCCAGAGCAGUGAAGCGCGAUACCAAGCACCCUAUACCGGUCCCAAAUCAGCGAGUCGCUGCCCCUCCUGAGCCCUCCUUGACCCAGGCCCAGGGCACCGCCGUCCAGCCGCCCUCAACCACCGCUCGUCCCAAGUCGCUGCACUCGCGAAUGCCACCUUCUCAGAGCGGCUCGCCGGGCUCGUCGGUGCCUACCAGCUCUGCCACCCCCACCAAACCUGUCGAAGUAAGACAGCUGAGACCCGAAGACAGUCAUGAGCCCGCGAAACCUGUAGCCGUGCCCACACCCUGCCACGCCUCGUCGUGCUCACCUAGGUCGCCGGUGCGAUCACCGCUAUCAGAGAGAUCGGAUGCCUUUGAGACUGCGGCUAUGCAGCUGAGCAGUCUGCAAGAUGUCUCGUACCUGACCAGGCCGCCGCGACUACCUCUGCCGAUCGAGGAAGAGGUCCACACACCCGGAUCGCCUAUCAUUGCCCCGACCGACAUUGGGGUCCCACUCGAGGAUGCCGACACUUUCACCGCGCUCACCAGACGCUCUUCCAACUUGAGUAACAGCUCAACUCUGGACGAAGAAGACACGGAGGAGCUACGGGUGGACAAGACUAGACCGACUGUCCCCACCAGGCUCGAAUGGCUCCGUGGCGGCGAGAAGGUUUACGUGACAGGCACCAUCUUCCAAUGGAACAGGAAGACACGAUUACACCCGGUUGAGGGCCGACCGGGUGUAUUCGCUGCUAUUAUCAAUAUCCUGCCGGGCACACAUCACGUUCGCUUUCUGGUUGACGGGCAAAUGCAGACCUCGCCAGACUUGCCGACCACGGUAGACUUUGGCAACAACCUGGUCAACUACAUCGAGGUCAGCCCUGAUGAUGUGGGGCGCACCGCUGCCCAGGCAGCUGCUGCAAGCGCCGCCAAGGAUUCCCAGCAACCUACGGAGCCCAAAACCUCCGCGUCCGAGACGGAGGAAAGCAAGGCACCUAGGGACCGACCUGUCCCUCCGGCGGAGCUGUUCGAGAACAAGAUCCCGCAAUAUCUACUCGACUUCGACGCACCCGAGGAAAGUCCACCUUACCUGAGUGCUGUCAACGCCAUCGAGAAACUCCCAACGCCGCCUGCGCUUCCUGGCUUCCUCGGCAAGCCCAUCCUCAACGCGGCCACCUUGAUCAAGGAUGACAACAGCGUUCUGAACAUGCCCAACCAUACCGUUCUUAACCAUCUAGCUACUAGCAGUAUUAAGAAUAAUAUUCUGGCUGUGUCGGCCACGACGAGAUACAAGAACAAGUAUGUGACGACAAUCAUGUACAAGCCAACAACGACAGAGGGCAUCUGAGUUUGGAAUGCUAGUAGUCAGAGCUGGGUACAGUUGGCUGGUGGCUACCACUACUAGACGAACAGCGCAAGUCAUGAGUAGAAUAGCGGUGCAUGAUGAACCGCCCAGUAUGACCUAUUCUAGAUAUGUCUACAAGUAAUGUCUAUAGGACGCUGUAGCGAUGACGAGGACACUUUAUGGAAGCGGGCGCAAAUUGUUGUCGGCAAACUGUCCAUGGGCAUCCUGCUCCAUUAAGGGGGCACUAAGGGACAACAAGAGGCGCAUAUAGAGUGGCUGCCGUGGAUAGAGUAAAGGUUAUGGGAUUUGGGGGUAUCGUCGUAAUGGUCAUCUUCGUCUUCGUUUCCUUCCUUGUCAUUAGUCCCUCCACUUGACGAAGACUUCGUCGGUUCUGAAGCGUUGUGUACAUGUGCUUUCAUCAAGCGGCGUCCGGAAGCCCGUCUCGUAGGCCAAUAGACCAGCAUGAGCAAUC